AUGAAGGGAUUCGUUCGAGCCGUGUGGCGGGGAAUUGUGCUAGCUUCCUUUGCCGAGUUUGUGAGUGCGUCACGCCAGCUGGAGACUCUUUUGUCGAACCUGCCGUCCCUAAAGCUCCAUUUCACGCUUCAUCGAAAAGGGUUUGAGAUAUCUGAUGAUGCUGUUUUCAUUGGCCACGCGAAUCCUGUUGUGUCAGAUGAUGGUCUCACUGUUCUUUAUGAUGGCUACGCGACAUCUGUCAGAGGACAAUUUCAGACAACGUACUCUUUGGUGAAUGGCUCUGCUUAUGUGAUCACGAACGACAAUUUGAAUGUCACUACUCGCUGUCUUUCUCCAUCCGACCUUCCUUUAUACACCAUUCUACCUGCAAUAAAUGCUAUGAAAUCCAUUUCAGCUACGAGGCUACCAUCUGGUUGUAAGAGUACGUUUGAAACCUCGUUCGAUGGAGUCCAGUACGAAAUCUGUCAGGAAAGUGAAAAAUUCACUGCAACCUCACGCGAUGUGACUAUCGAAGUGAGCUAUGUCCAAGAUCGUGAUCAUAUUCCAGUUCUUGAGACUGGAUUAAUUUGCGAUUCGAUAGCUAAGGCCACGGCACUGACGCCAACAGCACUCGCGCUGCUCCAAGGGAACCCACCUCCAGUCCGCCGUCGUCGAAUGCUUGAGGAAGAAUCUCCCGUGGCGAAAUUUCCAAAGCGAUGUACUUGCCACUCGAUUCCUCGCCCUUGUAUAUUUUUUCACGGCCUCGGUAACGAAAUGGACGAACCAGGCGUCCAAAAUUCGUCUCGCCACUUUGGCUCGGAUGUGAUUAAGAGACACGCGCCAUGUUGUACCACCAUCAAGUAUGCGUCACUAAAUACUGUCGACUAUGGUUGGACAAGCUUGAAUCUUCAAAGCAAAGCGUGUGACCGCGCUUUGUCCAUGUCGAAGACAUCUAGCAAACGAAGGCGUCAAAUUCAAGACACGAUUAUUGUCACCCACUCUAUGGGUGGACUCAUGAUUGCUGGUGCACUCGCCAAUGGAGUGUGUCAUCUUGAUUCGAGCUCGACUUGGAUCAGUCUCAGUCCUCCAAUGAAAGGCAGUAUGUCAUCCGAUUACCUCAUAGACUUCUGCCACGGUAAAGUUCAUAAUUUCAUGUCCAGAAUAUUGCUCAAAGGCAAGUGUCCGAUACCCGAGUCUACUAUUUCUGUCGCGUAUCAAUACGGAGAACACAGCAACUAUAUGCUUGAUGCGGCGUAUUCUGCAGCUCAACAAGUUUACCAGCAACACGUCUAUGCGGCCAUGUGUAGCUCAUCAAGUGUCGGAAAUAUUUCCAAGUAUCAAGCCAAGUACAUCAUGGGCGGUCGAAUUUUUCCACACAAGUCUAGCAAAAACGAUGGUCUUGUCGAGUUCGACAGUUGUGCUGGCGGAAUUUCACCGCAAAGAUUUGGCAAAACGCCCGAUAGUCGGUUCUACAAAUGUGAAUUGAAUCACGCAGACACGGCGUUUAAAACAGGAAAUGGGAUAUUCAAGUCGACGGUAUUGCCAUUGACGUGGUUUGAAUGCCUCUUGUAA